UGACGUUGGCGUUGUCCGUUAAAACAAAAAGUGGUCCAGCUCAGGAAGUUUCCCCGAGAGUCAGUCAAAAGAGGCAGGGGCUUAGUUCCCUGGAGGGAGGGCGGUUGGGAGGGUUGGAUGGGUGACUGUAGGCGACCUGGAGGAGGCUGAGGUGUCUGAACGUGCGAAUGCGCAUCGCCAGAUUUAAAAGCGGCUGAGAGACAGUGCGGAGCCGGGCGGCAGGGGCAGCAGCGGUGAAGGUCCCCUUCCCUGGACCAUGUUCCGUGAGAUAGAGGAAGAUCCGUUCUUCGCGGAACCAUUCCGUUUUCACCAUGAACACUUGCGUGAGAUGAUGGGCAAUGUUCCAAAUCUUUUAGGACAAGACUUCAUAUCGAAUUCCCAACCGGGAUCCUCAAACCAACCAGUGACAAGGAAUGAGGCUUCUUCCUGGACAGAUCCUUUCAACAGGAUGAGCACCAUGAUGGAACAAAUCAGAAAAGAAAUGUUUGACAUGCAAAACAAAAGUGGAAUCCAACCUUCAGACCGUGUUGGUCACUCUUUGAACAGCUCCAGUGUAAUGACUUAUACAAAAGUGGGCAAUGAACCUCCCAAACUAUUCCAGGCUACCAAUCAUGUGCACAACGUUCCUGGUGGAAUCAAAGAGACAAGGCGGGCAGUAAAAGACUCUGAAAGUGGAAUUGAAAAAAUGUCAAUUGGUCAUCACAUUCAAGACCGUGCUCAUGUAAUUCAGAAAUCCAGAAACCAGAAAACAGGCCACGAAGAAAUUGAUCAGCAAUUUAUCAACCUAAAUGAAAAUGAUGCAGCAAAUUUUGACCAAGAAUGGCAGAAUAAGGUGUCAAAGUAUAUGCCUUCAGGAACUUGUCCCUCUGGUAUUCAGGAUGCACGAAAAGCCGUGGAAGAACAAAGUACAUGUGCCAGAGGACCAACUGCUCCACCUCCUGUUACUCCCUCUGGUGGUUGUGGCUGUCCUGCUCAACGAAACGCACAGCAUAUGAUGAAACAUGGAAGAAAAUGAACAUCACACUGAAACUACUUGGCUUUUCAUUUUGUGUCUUGGGCCAUUUUAUCGUUUGUUAAUAUUAAGGCUGUGUUUUUUAAGUUGUAGUUGUGCUCACGUAGAAUACUUCUGUUUACUUUUAACUUUUGGCUAAGCCUGCACAACCAGCACUUAAUCUUUUGUCAUCAGUAGUGUGCAAUAAAUAAAGGGAAUGCAUUUUUUGUAAGUUUAUAGUCAAUAUCUAUUUAGGUAAGAUUGACAACAAAAAUAGCUGUGUUCAGAAAUACAGGUGAAGAUUCUGAUUUGAUUUAGUAACGUUGAAUCAAAACAGAGUUUAAUUUUUAUUGGUGAUGUACAUCAAGUGGACACUGAGGGCAAUUACUACUUCCAAUUGAUGACGUUGAUGGGAUGUACAAUGUUUUGUGAGCAUGUAGCCUGAUUUAAGUAGAUCCUGCAAGUUCCCAGCAUUGUGUGCAGCUUAUAGCAUUUAAAUCAUAUGAAAUAGCAGCAGAAGUGGGCCACUUGUCACCUUGAACCUGUUCCACCAAUUGACAAGAUCAUGGUUGAUAUGAUUUUGGUCUCUACUUUCUUGUCUCCUCCCAUACCUUUUGACGGCCUUGUCAGACAAGAAUUUAUGUAACUCAACUUUAAAAAUAUCUAACAACCCUGCCUUCAAUCCUCUCUGGAAUAGAGAAUUCCACAGACUGACAACCAUGUGUGAGAAAAAAAAUCUCAUCGCCAACUUGAAGAGCUCUUAAUUUUAAAUUGUACCCUGAUCCUAGUCUUAGCCUCUCCCAUAAGGGGAAACCUCUUUUUAGCAUUUGCCCUGCCUAGUCGCUUUAGGAUUUUACAUGUUUCAAGAUGAUGACUUCUCAUUCGUCUAAUUUCCAAUGAAUACAUGUCAAACCAAUCCAACUGAAUUCCCACCAAAAGCUAAGCUAAUUGGAAGACUGCAGUGGAAGACACAGGUAGACUUCCUGCUCUGGGGAAUAGUUUCUCUUGUGGAGCUGAGGGUGGAAAGAGAGAUAGGAAGUGGGACAGAGGGAAAUAAAUUGUUUGUAGGGAUGGGGAAUCAGGAAACAGUGUCAAGGUCACUGUGUGGAAAGUGGUUGUUGAUUCUGGUGAGGGUUAUGAGUAAGACCAUAAAACUUGGUACAGAAGUUAGGCCAUUUAGCCCACUGUGUCUGCUCUGCCAUUCAAUCAUGGCUGAUGAGUUUCUCAACCCCAUUCUC